AUGACCGAGUCAGAGAGACCAGGAGCAUCAGAGAGGUCAUUCGAGGAACACGCAUUUACUUGUAACUUCGCAGGCAGACAGAGUACAGUUUCAGUUGGAAGGGAGAAAAUCGAUAUUGUGGAGUGUGCUGAUGUUAAGAAGCCUGCAAAGGUAGCAAAAUCUGAUCACAUCAUCCUGAGUGAUGUACUUUGUGCUAAAGUAACUGGUCAUUCUGAGGUGACCGUUCAUGUGAUACAAGGCACAAGCAAAGACAAGAAACUCACACUGAAACAAGUAAAGCUGUCCCUAAAUGAUACUGCACAGGUGGACACCCUCAUGAAGAAAACAAACGAUGCUAUCAAAGCAAUCACAGAAGGUGUCCGGCCAAGAAAAUUGUUGGCGAUAGUAAAUCCUAUAGGAGGAGGUCAGAUUGGGGAGAAGAUCUACACAACCAAAGCAGCGCCAUUAUUUGCCCUGGCAGGAAUAGAGAUAUUAAUGAAACUGUCUGAGAGACCUAAACAUGCGAUAGAACUUGCAAGGGAAACAGAUCUGAAAGAUUUUGAUGGAGUAGUGACAGUUGGCGGUGAUGGGACGUUCACAGAGGUGUGUAAUGGUCUUAUAGAAAGAAACCUCAAAGAUGGCGCUCCGAUUCUCCCAAUAGGAAUCAUUCCCGCAGGUACAGGGAAUGGAAUGGUUAAUGGAUUUUCGGGAAGUUAUGAUGUCACCGCAGCAGUGCUUACAAUUAUAAGGGGAUCUACCUACAAAAUAAACGCACUCGAGGUAAAAAGUGCUGGAGAUGUUAUCUACUAUGGGACCAUGUUGUUUGGCCUGGGGUUCUUUGGGCAGGUUAUUCACAAAGCAGAAAAGAAGAGACAUUUAAAGAAGUUACGUUAUCCAGUAACAAUGUUAACUGGCAUAAAGAACCUCCCGUCAUGCCGUGUAGAGCUUGACGUCAAAUACACUAACAAGGAUGGGGAGGAUUUGCAACCUUCGGAUUGGACCAAUGUUCGUGGGUCGUUCACAUCUGUCUCUUGCUUGCCUGCUCAACAUGUAGAUGAUGAGGGCUAUGUGACAUCAUCAGUAAGAAAUCCUUCGAUGGAUCUCACAUUCAUGCCUGAUGCGACAAGAAUGGAUAUGAUUCGAUACUUUAAUGACAUGAGGAAACAUCUUAUGUCUGGCGAAGAUUGGGUCCUUCGUGAACCAAUGUACAGUGCACCUUUUCGCCAAGUAAAGAUAAAAGCUGUGGAUCCAGAAAAUGAGUUAGCACGGUUGUUAAAUGUUGAUGGAGAGCCCAUCUUGUUAGACAAUCCAGAGUUCGAAAUAAGGCUGCUGCACAAACUAUUACCAAUUUACAGUCGCAGUUUACUCAAAUAA